AUGAAGUACCAACAGAUUUCAGUCGAUUUUAUAAGUAUGGUGUUCACUGCUUGUUCGUACCUGGCACUUGCUGGAGCUGUUUGGAUAUUCUUGAGACUCAUCCAGGCGUGCUUUUGGUUACCACGGCAUCUAAAAAGGCAAAAUAAUGUCCAGCAAAUGCUACGAGACAAGAUGGAGAAUUAUGAGAAGUACAUACUGGAAUGCGAGGAAAAGGAAAAGAUUGAGCAAGAAAUGCAAGGCGAUGAUGCCAAGCCAAAUCCCGAGCAAGCAGAGAAAUGGAAGGAACGAAGAGAAUGCCUGGAGUUGCUGAAGAGGGAAUUAAGCAAGAUUCGCGAUAGUGGUGACGAUUCUCAAGACUGGGACUAUCUCCUGGAUGAUGAGGGGAUGAAGGACGAAGGGGUUACCAUCACGGAAAUUCAAGACGAUGUAAUUUCCAAAGAUGAACAUAAUGGCAAGAUAAACAAAGACAUGAGCGAGACCAAGCAAGUGGUCGGGUUAAAAAAGAAGAAAAACAAAUAA